AUGGUGACGCCGGUUGUCAACCAUCGCCCUACCUCGGUUUCGCCUGAGAUCACAAUUGGGAGAAGUUCUCUUCGAUCCCGAAUUCGAGCUGUUUCGAAAGCUCCACUAUCGUCAGCCAAGGCGUCAAGUGCGAAAUCCAGUCGGGUUGCUAGUACAUGUGAGGCAGACAGAACGAAAACGACUCGGUCUGUGAAGGGCAUCGAGAGGAAGGUGUCAUCAAGGUCAGCGCCUACUCCUGUUGCUCGUGCUGUUGCUGGAUCUUCCAAGGGCAGUCGUCGUCUAAGAACUAAAUCUUCGAAGAAUACCCCGUCAAAAAUAUCGACACAGCUGGUCGUGCUCGCUCGCAAAGACGGUUCAUCUCCUUCACCGACGACAUCGACUGGGAUCCAAGACAGAAGCUAUCUAAGUACAAUGGCAACCGCAUCGUCGACGACAAGAAGAGCAAGGUCGAAUGAAAGCGAUAUCUCUGACGAAAAAUCGUUCUCUGCCGAGGCACCAAGCGGUCUGUGGGAUGAGAGUGUCCAGACGGUUUUCGACUCAUAUGAAGAAAGUUUUCCUGUGAGCAGCAAGAAAAUGACGAUACUUGGAUUUGAUGCCCAGGAGUUCAGAAAGCAUUGUGGUGACUCUUCCCAAACGACGCUAUCCAGUUUCGUUAGUUGCGCUCGGGAAUAUCGAGAAAUUUCCGGCGAGAGCUAUUUGGACAAUGGUUUGAAAGAAGAUCGACGGGCAAUGGCUUCUGCGAAAUCGCGAAAUCGUGCUCUCAAGAAUGGCUACUUCGCAUGA